CUGUACCAACAACGCAGUCAUUUCAAAAUCGGAAAAAGCGUCUCUAUUACGGAUCACCAGAAAAAAGCUCGAGCAGUUGAACGACGCGACUCAUAAAGUGAAAAUCGAAUAUCUGCACUUCGGAAGAGAAUAGAUAAAUUUUCCAUAGACGCAUAGUGGAAAUAUUUAGAUUUGAAAAUCUGCACGGUUUUCAUUUUAUAAAAUUCCAAAAAAAUAUUAAUUUUUUGUUGUGAAUAAAACUUAAUUUGUUUAACAAAAAAAAUCACAAAAUGCAAGUUUUCGAUAAUAAUUUGCGUCGUGCUUCAAGGCGUGCUUCAUUGCGCCGUGGGUCGAUUUCAGCGCUACCACAAAAGUCUGCCGAAAUUCCAUGGGAUAUACUAGAACGUCUAUUUAUGCCCUUUCUCUUCUGUCACGCAGCAGCUCUAAUUAUUUCAACACUUCUUCACGCUUUCAAUAUAUCACAUGUGUCCACAUUUGCAGUGUUCGUUUGGUUUGUUUUGUCAACAGCUGGCGCUGUGCUCUUCUAUCACUUCGUUAAGGUAAGUACAAAC